AUGUUCUCUCAAUCAUACAAGCAGGCUGGAGGCCUUUUAAACAGUCAGCUAAUCUCAACAUGCCGUCGAAGCGCAGCAUGUGUCGCGUCACCUCAGCGUGAUGUUCAAAUCCGAUACCAGAAUACCGCCAGCGACGCCAGCGACUCCAACGACGCCAAUGACUCCGGUGACAACAGCAGCAACCGCCGCAGCAACCGCCCUGACAGCGAAGAUCUCGGUAGCAGCCCGGAGUCUAGGUAUAGGUCAUUGAAAAGUUCGCGGAUGAUAAAGAAACGCACGCAUCAGCUUGAUGUUACUGCACUGGGUAAGCCGGGUGAAGUCCUUCUCGUGCAGGCGCCAAAAGAGCGACGCCGUAUACCUCGUGGGCAGCUACCCACAGAGGACACAAAUGACCUGCCGCUCAUGUUGCACGAUUUGUUACAAGAUCCAGCCCAAAUUGAUAGCACGGUGGUCGGCGAACGAAUCGAGCGCCUUCGCGAGUCUUAUCGGCCACAGGACCGACUCGCCCCGGACGCUUGGGAAGAUAUCCGAAGCAGUCUUCGGAAAUCCUUUACCAUUCCACAGCUGUCGGAGUAUGUGUCCAGGACAUUGAAGACAAAGGAAACUGGUCCUGAAGGAAACCUCACGCUCAAUGGAGAUAUGAAAUUCGGGACAUGGAAACCGGGGACGUCGCAUUUCCUAGAGACGGGGAAGGGUAACCAACAAAGAGUUGCCGAUAGGGUUGCUGCCAACCAAAAUAUUAAGAAUAAAGACCUUCUAGUUGAGCUCGUUCUUCGGGAUUGCUGGGAGCUUGGGCUUGUGAAUGAUGUUGGACAGCUCGACAUUCAGAUUCCUGCGCAUUUGCUGUCUCUGCUCAUAGGUUCCGAGUUCUUCUCGUUUGAAGAACUGGCUAGCCUCAACGGAACAACAAUUGAUGUUACGAAAUCACUGGGCCUUGUCCGGGUGACGGGGAAACAACGGGCCUGCGAAUCUGUCCGUGAAAUCAUACACGACUACACAAACCGGAUACAGUCAAGAGAACUCAACCUCCUUCCCCCAGGUGAUCCGAGAACCAAAACCGUUGUCCAGGCUCUUAACCAUGAUUUCCUAUCAUGGGUUGAAAAGACGUAUAAGGUGUCAUUUGAACGGAGUCCAUCGCAAAUUCCAACCCGGUUAUAUCUCCUAGCCGAGAACAAAGCCAAUGCAGACGAUGCGCGAAGAACUUUGAAUUUAGCAGUCAACAAAGCCACAUCGUGGUCUGUACCAUUCAGCACAUAUCAGCCUGCUUCCUACAUGACUGGGUUGAGACAAAACCCUGCACCAUGGCAUGAUACACACCAGCGGAAUUGGUAUCGAUGGAGAAUCCCACACGCAGAAAUAAGAUCCGUACGCCAGUCUGGGCAUCUCAUUGAGAGGCAUAGUUCUGGUCUCUCGGAUGAGCUCGGGAAAUUUCUACGGCAAGCACCUGCAAAACGAGCGUCAGGUCUAGAGGUCCACGAAUCCAUAACAGCAACAGUUGGCAAAUCCCUCUUUGCAUCUGAGUCAAUCCAUCAGAGAAUGCAAUAUAGCGCCCUUCAAUUAGGACAGAUGUCUCCUGCACGGACUUUUGUCAAAGAUCACCCUCGCGGACGACUGUUCCUUCGCAAAAUGGAGCCCUGGCGCGUCGACCAACGAGUACGCUCCCAUCGUAUCCGACUUGUGCCCUCCGCUUUUUACGGAGAAGUUUUCCCUCCACUUGAGCUGGAUUUUACCACUCGUGGCGGCGAAUGUGACCUCCGCAGUGUCAAAGCUGUCUUGGCGGAAAGCAAGGUCGACUAUCUACUUCCAGAAAGCGCUGUGGACCUUCGGUUCACAAGAAAGCUUACCCACGAGCUCAUAACCCGGGCCCAGAAAAUCCCAUGCGUGGACUCUCUUCUUGAAGACUUACGCGAUUGUUUUCAUAAGAGCGUGACCAGCAACAACGAGGUUCCCCUACCAGUGUUCAGGUCAAUCACUCUGCCAAACAACCUUUUGCGGCAUGCUGGGGAGGAAACAGAUUCAGAUGGGUGGACUACGGCAGAAUACUUGUAUCCAUCGGUGAAGGAUAUCCAGAUGACAGCUGUCAGCAUGUAUCGCUAUGAUGACACCGCCGCUCGUCUUUUCUACGCUGAAUACGAAAGCGGACCGGGCGGCGCAGGUACGACCACAGAUCUCUUUGUCGAACUCAACUCGGUCGAUCUCAACGCCAAAAACGCCGGGACUUUAGACUCGGACAUCUCGCCUCAGAUCAGUCAAGAGGAUUUUGACACUUUUUGCCUCUCAGCCUGCGGUGUCGUGACUGAACUAGAUUCUCGCAUAAAUACUGCGUAA